AUGCUAAUUCUACGAGCAGGAAACUUGUGUCUCGCAGUCCUCACAGGAAUUCUCAGCUCCAUAUCAGAGCCCUCAACAUCAGAAGAGAAACUCUCCUUCCAAACACCCACUAAAUUCAUCGCUUGUAUCAGAUCAGAGCGCUCCGCAGCACGUAUCCGCAGUGCUGUGGAACCCUACCCCAAAUUCCCAGUCAAGGUCUUGCAAAAUGAUAACGUAGCGGGUGUCAAGGAGGCUGAUGUUGUCAUCCUAGGCUGCAAGCCUUACAUGCUCAAGGACGUGCUUGACGUCCCGGGUAUGCGUGACGCGUUAAAGGGGAAAUUAUUGAUCAGUGUCCUGGCUGGUGUCUCCUCUCAGCAGAUUGAGGAUACUUUGUAUCUGGAAGGCUCCGAACCUGCCUCAGAAAGAUGUACCGUCGUACGUGCCAUGCCCAAUACUGCGGCCAUGGUCCGCGAAGCAAUGACGACAAUCAGUAUCCCAAGCCCCGCUCUUCCCAAGGAAUGGGACGAUUUGAUUUCCUGGAUAUUCACCCGCAUCGGCAAGAUUGUGCGUCUCCCGCCUUCUCAGAUGGAUGUAUGUACUGCAUUGGCAGGUUCUGGGCCGGCGUUUGUGGCGCUGAUAAUUGAGGGUUUGGCUGAUGGUGCUGUUGCGAUGGGUCUGCCGCGCGCGGAAGCGCAGCUUAUGGCGUGCCAGGUGCUCAAGGGGACGGUUGGUAUGAUUGAAGGUGGAGAGCAUCCGUCUAUUGUGAAGGAGAAGAUUUCGUCGCCCGGUGGAUGUACGAUUGGUGGGUUGCUUGUGUUGGAGGAUGCUGGUGUGAGAGGCACUGUGGCGAGGGCUGUGAGGGAGGCUACUUGUGUUGCUAGCGAGCUUGGUCAGGGGACCAAACUUGUCAAUGGAACUAGACGAUGA